CCCAGUGCAAAAUGGGGUUGGAUAACCUGGUUCAUGGUAAUCGCACUUAAUCUACACAUAACCUCAUCAGUUAGUUUAAAGAGAUCAAGACACCACAGGGACUCUUCUACAACCGAAUUUGUGGAUACAACACAUAUCACAUUACUAGAAACGAAUCCAUGUCUGGUCCAUUACUGCAUGAAAGGCAGAGAGUGCGUGGUGACAAAAGAUGGUCAGGCGACCUGUCAAUGUGUCCGACAGUGUGCCAUGCAUCAGAGGGUGGUUUGCGGCUCGGACGGUCACAUCUACCCCAAUCAUUGCGAGCUACACAGGGCGGCUUGUCUGACGCAGUCGGCCAUCAGCAUUGAAAGGGGGGUCCAUUGUGUCAAACACGGAAGAGGCUGGGGACCUACAGUGGACCAUAGCAAUAUCUAUUUCAAUAAUUCACCCCUGUCAACGCUUGCAUCGGGCACGAACAGCACCAGAACCCCGGUCACCGUUACGGUGGACAGCGUUAAAACUCAGGCCACGACUUACGAGGCAACGACGUCAGACAGCGAUGACGUCAACUAUUCCGAGAAUGAGAUAGAGGACGAACCCAAUGACAAGGGGGAAUUGUACUACGACAAAGAGGACUGCACCAUGCAAGAGUACGAAAUAAUGAAAGACAACUUAUUGUUGUACAACCAUGCCAGGCUGAUGUCGCAAGAUAAUCACAGCAAGGAUUACUUGGUUUCCAUUAUGUUCUCCCAUUAUGAUAGGAAUAACAAUGGGAACCUCGAGGCCACGGAAUUGAAUGAGAUUGCCGUGCAGGAGCGUUUGGACAGUUUGAGCGGGGGUUGUUCCCUGUCCAACAUGAUACAGUACGACGAUGCAGACAACGACGGCAAACUGAGCAUUAACGAGUUCUACGUCGCGUUCAGCAAGCUCUACAGUGUAUCGGUUGUGUCUCUGGACAAGGCCCUCGAAACCAACCAUCUGACCGCCAGAGUGGGGGAUAAUGUAGAGAUCAAGUGCGAUGUGACAGGAUCCCCCAUCCCUCCCAUCGUUUGGAGGAGGAACCAGCUGGACCUGUCAUCAAUCAACGAGGAGGAUGUUCGAGUGUUUAGCGACGGCAGUUUGUAUCUGACCAGGAUUCAGCUGCAGCACGCCGGAAAUUACACUUGCCACGCGCAGCGUAACAAGGACGUGGUCCAAACGCAUGUGCUCACCGUGCACACGGUUCCAGAGGUACACGUCACUCCAAGAAUACAAUCGAAAAGACCUGGGGAGGAGGCCACCAUGUUUUGUCACGUGGCAGGCGAACCAUUUCCUAAGGUGGAAUGGUUGAAAAACGACGACUCUUUGAGGAUGGAGAACACGAAGAAGUACCAGCUGGUGGGAAAUGGAACUGCUCUGAAAAUCGAGGAUAUUGGAUUCGCGGACACGGGGGCUUACAUGUGUCAGGCAUCUAGCAUAGGUGGUCUAACAAGGGACAUCAGCUCUCUAGUGGUGCAAGAACAGCCGACCCCUACGUCGGACAACGAGGAACGUCGGUUUUUCGCUUUCCACGACUGGGGUGUGUCCAUUUACGAACCUACGGCUUGCAGGCUCUAUCAUAGGAUUCAGUCCACUGAUAUCAUUCCAGGCACACAGGAAUACGUCUGCGGCGAUAAGGGUGUAAAAUGCUCCUGGGGAAGGGCAAUAAAUGUUGCCAACAGAUACGUGUACGCUUCGCAGCCCGAACAAGAUCGAGUACUUAUCAUAUCCAAAGUGCAGAUGGUUGUAGUGGAUGUGGUGAGCACCGACAAGUAUCCGGUGGAUCUGCACUACGUGCCCCAUCUCGAUCAGGUGUGGGUCCUGAACUGGAGGUCCCUGAACAACACCGGCAUCAAGACUAUCCAGGUUAUAAGAGACGCUGGGCAAAAGAGAAAACAUCACACAGUUCAUCCAGAACCAAUAGAUGGGCAGUUUGAUCUUGUAACUGGAUUAUUUGUCCCUUCUCCACAACAGGAAUUAUCCCAUUACAGCUUCAAGUACGGCUAUGUAACGCAUACCAAUCAGAGGGGACUGUACAAAUUGGAUUUGGUGAAUUUGCGAUACACCAGGUCCGUGGAUCUGACUCCAUAUAAUUGCGUUCCUCUGCAUAUUCAAUUCUCUGCCCUGUAUGGUAUGGUCGUAAUGCAAUGCAUGGAACCAAUAACCAAAAAACCUACAGGCCAAUUAGUACUCGACUACUUGACCGAUACAGUCGUGGAAACCAAGAGAACCCUUCUGGGAGUCCCAUAUGUGUCUCCAGAUUCCAGAAAACUCAUUACUGUAGAUAGGACAGCCACUGGCACGACAAUAAUUGUAGAAGAAAUAACACCUUCAGGACUCGUUUUUCUUUUCGAUGUGAAGACGACCCUGAAUAUAUCGGAUGUUGCUUUUUAUCCCAGUCAAACAACACACAGUUUCGACAUUUAUGCCAGCGCGCAGGACAAGGAAGACCUGCUCUAUCUGAAUCUACUCACAGGGAAAGUUGAGAUAAUAACAGGCGUAGGAAAAGCAGUCCCCGUCAAAUUAACGCAAUGGAAUAAUCCGAAUAGACCUAUCAGUGGAUCAGGUCUUUUUGGUCAGUACAUGGUAACACCUGCCAGCGAAGCCUUGUUUGUGAUAAACGGAAGAUCGAGAACUGUCAACUGUGAAAUAGGAUCAGUUAUUCAUCCUAGCGCCAUCGUUUGGACAACUGUCAAGUUCUACUAGGACCCGCCUCGUGGCAUAUAUCACUAAUAUAAUUUAUUUUCUAUUAUAUAUUUGAUACAUAACAAUCGAUUCAAGACAACAUUCAACUUUUUUCAUUUGAACCAAAUUAAUGUAGAAUAACCAAUAAAGGAGAUUCACAAAUGACAAUA